CGGUGACGCAUGCAAAACGCUCGGAUCGGCGGGUAUAUAAGCCAACCGCCAAAAAGCAGAGGCAUCACAUUCAGUUUCUGUUCUCAUCAGCAGCUGAUUCUCCUAAAGCUACCUAAUCAACAAUGAAGUGCUUCAUCGCUAUCCUCUUCUUGGCUCUCGUAGCCAUCGUUAUGGCGGCGGAGAAGACCUCCGAAACUGAAAAGACAAAGGAGACAGUCGUCGAUGCCUCCAGGGACAAGAGAGGCCUUGCGUAUUAUUCGCCGUACGCUUACAGCCCGUACGCCUACAGUGCUUACCACCUGCCGUACGCGUACUCUACGUACGCCGCUUAUCCCUAUUACAACCGUUACAACUACCCCUCCUAUUAUUACAACCCCUACCACUACUAGUUUGAUUCAGACAGAAAAUGGAAAUCUUAUGGGAAACAUUACCUCAUUACCUCAUGGAAAACCUCA